AUGGCGACACUAGACUUUGUAGAGAAAGCUUUGGCUACAGACGUUGAUCGGAGUGAUAAAAACGCGAUAGUGAGCUCUCUCGAAGAUUUAGUUACGUCCGUUCCGUGGAAAUCGCCACAGAACUAUCUAUUAAAUGUUUUUCCAAAUAGUUUUGACAAUACUUCACAUGCUAAUACCAUCAAUGGACAAAUAUAUAAGAACCAAAGUGAUAGUGAUUUAGAUGAUUUAAGUUAUAAUCCAUUAAUCGCAUCUAAAGCAACAUUUAGUGUUCCCGCGUCGCAAAUACAAGUAAACUGGUUAUAUGCUGUCUCUAGUAGCGGUGGCCCUGAAAAAGUAAAUAGUACCCACCUAAAGUUUUACCUAGCCAGACAAAACUCGUCGUUUUCAUUUCAAUCCGUCGUAAACUCUAAUAAUAAUACUACAACAUCGUCUUAAGCACAGGUAGCUUGUAGAAAGUUUCAGGGUCAUAGUAUAGAUUCUCAUUUGCUACUAGCGUUUACCAUGCAACCUCCUUUAGUUAUAAAACAGGGUACAACGUCUGGUCAAGUUGGCAUGCAACCUAAUAUGGUCACAUUGCCUAUGACAGUAAAUUCUAGUAUGCCUGGUUCAAUACCCAAUGUUAUGACUAUUAAUAAGCCAGGAGGGCCAAACGUAGUUGUGACAACACAGAAUUUGGGUUCAGCUCAGCCAGCUAUUUUACCCAAUGUUCAGAUUCUGAAUAUGCGACCGGGAGCCCCACCGGUCGCAGCUCAGAAGUCUGUUGCAACGGUGUCUCCGCGAGUGGUGAUCGGGACUCCACAAGUUGUUGGGACACGAGCUGCCACUCCUGGGAUAACGCUGCAAACACUUCAAAGUCUACAACAGGGGCAGCAGGGUCAUUUGUUGUUAAAGACUGAGAAUGGUCAAUACCAGCUGUUGAGGGUCGGCCCCGCGCCCGCGGCCAGCACUCUCACGGCGCCUCAGCCCCAGACGCUCCGGCUGUCGACCGUGCCGGCCCAUCCAGGUGUGGCGACGGUAUCGACAAGUGUCGCUUCACCGAGCCAGAUGGCCGGUCAAAUGCCAGCCGGUCCGGUUGCCACACCGGUCCCGGCGGUUUCCCUGGCAACCAUACCAACGCCCACGCCUCAACCCCAGCAACCGACUGUAACCACACAAAAACCGCUAGACAACACGAAGGAGAAGUGCAGAAACUUCCUAGCCAAUCUGCUAGAUUUAUCUAGCAAAGAACCGAAAUCUGUUGAGUGUAGUGUGAGAAAUCUUAUCCAAGAACUGAUCGACGCCCAAGUUGAGCCUGAAGAGUUCUGCGAUAGACUAGAGCGUUUACUCAAUGCGAGCCCCCAGCCAUGCUUGAUAGGAUUCCUUAAGAAAAGUUUGCCGCUACUCAGGCAGUCCUUAGUCAUCAAAGAACUAGUUAUUGAAGGCAUAAAUCCUCCAUCACCCCAUGUUGCUUUCUCAACAAUUUCUGGACCCGCGCCACCGCCGGUCGUCGCAUCCACUAACGUGCCAAUGAAACCGCCACCUAAGGCGGGAAGCACAAUUGCGGUUCUCCAGAACAUUCCAGUUCACACCAAGCUCAACGUGACUAAAGUUGGUAAAACGAUGCCAGUGAACAGUAAAUCCGGUUUCACGAGGCCGACAUCGUCUUCAGCGUUAUCAACUGUUCUAACUGCUGGGAAAUCCCUUCUUAAGGAAAAGGAAAAGAAAUCAACACUCCAGUUCAACCAACCGUUUGUCGAUGACAAGAUGGCUGGUGAUGAUGAUAUAAACGACGUUGCCGCUAUGGGUGGCGUCAAUUUAGCUGAGGAAACCCAGAGGAUUCUAGGGUCCACUGAAAUGAUUGGAACACAAAUAAGGUCGUGUAAGGACGAGUACCUCGUACCGAUGAGCUUGAUGCAAGCGAGAUUGAAAUCCAUCACAGCUAAACAUGGCCUCGACGAACCAUCGGCUGAAGUAGCCGGAAUAAUGAGCCACGCUGUACACGAAAUAUUGAAAAGCUUGGUCGAAAAGCUAGCAGUCACCGCUCAACAUCGAAUCGAUUUAUUGCUAAAGCAAAACGAUUCAAAAUACGAAGUCACGCAAGACGUAAAGGGUCAGCUCAAGUUUCUUGAAGAAUUGGAUCGAGUUGAUAAGAAACGUAGGGAAGAUUCAGAAAGGGAAAUGUUGUUGAGAGCUGCUAAGUCCCGUUCUAAGAACGAAGACCCUGAACAGGCUAAACUGAAGGCUAAGGCUAAGGAGAUGCAACGAGCUGAACUAGAAGAGUUGAGACAGCGGGAAGCUAACUUGACAGCUUUACAAGCUAUUGGACCCCGCAAGAAGCCACGUUUAGAAGGUCCAGGAGGCGCAGGAGACUCCUCAUUCGGCUCGAGUGGCCACGGCUCUGGUGGAUUCUCUGGACGCAGCCAAAUGGCACUGAGGACACGUCUAAAGCGAAUCAACCACAGGGAUAUGCUAUUCCUUCUAGAACAAGAGAAGGAUACUGCCCAUUCACUCAUGCUGUUCCGAAGUUAUCUCAAAUAGUGUUCAAUUAAGACAAGGGCAAAAAAUUUGUUCUCAAGAACUAAACAUUAAUGCAUUGUAAAUUAAAGUGUGGGCCCGUUAUUGGUGUUAGAAAAUUAUUUCAUAGUGAUUUUUUCUUUGAUUUAGUAUUUUGUACAGUGUGAGUAUAUUAAAGAAGUUCGUAUAGUUUAUAUAUUGGACCUAUGUUGGACUUUCUAAUGGCAUAGUGACUAUACAAUAUAGUAAUAAUAAUGUUGAUCUUUGUCUAAUGUUUAAUAUUAAGUUGUAAAUAUGAAAGUGUAUAAAUGUUAAUUUAAGGUCUUGUUAACUGGCAUUAAAUUUGUAGCUCUUAAUAUCGAAAAAUAAUUAUUGGUGAAACCAAAUAAA